AUGCCGUCAUCAAAAGUACCCGAAAUCCACGGUGUGGUCAAUUUCCGAGAUGUCGGCAAGUCCAUCAAUGGCUUUCUUGGUGAAAGACGACUUCGCGAAGGGCUCUUCUACCGAUCAGCUAGGCUAGACGAUGCAAGACCUGAGGAUAAAGAUGUCCUCAUCAAUGACAUUGGCCUCAAGUCCAUCCUAGAUCUCCGCUCAAACACCGAGAGGAUCGACCAGGCGGAAAAGCACGGUGCUCAUCGUGCCUCACGUUCGCCCUCUGCCACACUCCCUGUAGAACACUACUUUCAUAUUUCACUCGCCGGGAAAGCCUAUGAGAGGCUCCUGUUGGGCCAGCUAUCAUGGCUGACCUUCAUAUGGAUCAUCAUCCUCUUUAUCUUCCGCCAGCGCCAUCGCGUUGUUCAUAUCAUUGUCCGCGAGGUCAUGGUACCGCGCGGUCUGGUCGGCACGCAGUUGGAUACCAUGGAACACUGCGGCGCUGAUGUAGCAACCGCCCUCCGCGUUUUCGCGACACCAGCCCAUUUCCCCAUGGUCACACAUUGCACUCUUGGCAAAGACCGCACAGGUCUUGUCGUGGCUCUCAUCCUCAUGACUCUAGGUGUACCGAGACGGGCUAUCGAAUAUGACUACGCCCGCACCGAUGUCGAGGUCGAACCCAAGAGAGACGUCAUCCUCAAAGAAAUCGCGUAUACUGGACUGCCGCCCUCCUGGGCCUACACGGCGAAGGACAUGGUUGAGAGAGUCGAGACUUUUAUCCAGGAAAAGUACGGAGGAAUAGACGCCUACUUGGACUUUAUAGGCGUCACCCUGGAAGAGAGAACAGCCAUAAGAGAAACGCUGUUGUAUUAG